GACGUUGUAGUAUACACACAAUGAUAUCAGAUAUUUUUUACUCAGAGUUUUCAAUACGAAUGCGCACAUGCUAUCUAAAAAAGAAUUGAAAUAAGAAAUCGGGAAUAUGUCCAUAUUUCAGUAAAAUUGAUCGUCUGUCGUUGUAAAUGUGAGUUAAAAACAAGAUCAAUUAUGAAAUACCUUAGCUUUACAACAAAUUGUGUGUUAAUUUUAUCAUUUGUGUAUGUUGUGAACUGUGCAAAUAUCCUGGGGUAUUUUUUCUUCCCUGGGAAAAGUCAUCAAUUUGUAUUUCAACCUAUUUGGAAAGAAUUGGCAUUGCGAGGACAUAAUGUAACAGUUAUAACCACCGAUCCAUUAAACGAAGAUAUUCCAAAUUUGAGGGAAAUAAACGUAGCUGAUUCAUACAGCGUAUUUCUGAACCAUGAAUUCUCAAAUGUCCGAAGAGAGUCCACACCCCCAUAUAAGAUGAUUUUGUUCUAUCAAGAAGUUUUCGUGGACAUUUUUAAAAUGCAAAUGGAAAAUAAAGAGGUGCAAGACCUUCUUGAAUUGCCCAAAAACGCAUUCGACUUGAUCAUCCUGGAAUCGCACAACAAAAUGGCGUUCGGAUGGAAACAUAAAUUCGAUGCUCCUGUAGUGGCAUUAUCUUCGUUUGGACUUCCUGUUUUCAGUCAUUAUUUACACGGAAAUCCCAUUCAUCCAAUUCUGUAUCCAGAUUUUCUGUCCGAAAUACGCGAAUGUACUACGCUUGUGGAUAAAGUAGAGAGUACCUAUUUUACACUUUCUUGUUGGUUCGUCGUUAAGUUUUUAAUUGGACCAGAAGCGGAUGCCUUGGCUAGAACUUAUUUCGGUAAUGAUAUGCCCUACCUCGAUGACUUGGAAAAAGACUCUAUGGUAUUCAUUAAUGCGAAUCCGAUAUUUUCUGAUAGAAGACCCAAAACGCCUGACGUCAUGGAAUUUUCAGCAAUACUUCCAAUAAGGGACACUCUAACAAAAGAUCUUAAGCAAAUCUUAGAUAAUGCCAAAGAAGGAGUGGUAUAUUUCAGCCUGGGAACGAACGUUAGAUUUGAUCAUGUUCAAGGAGAUGUCAAAAAGAAUAUAAUGGCGGCUCUUGGUGAUUUACCGUACACUGUAAUAUGUAAAUGGGAAUCGGAAAGUAUUGAAGGUCAACCAAAGAAUGUACAUCUCCGCAAAUGGCUUCCACAACAGGCAGUUUUAGCGCAUCCAAAUGUGAAAGUAUUCAUCACUCAAGGUGGUCUACAGUCUUCUGAAGAGGCAAUCAUCAAUGCAGUUCCUCUUGUGGUCAUUCCUUUUCUUGGUGAUCAACCUCUUAAUGCAAAAAUACUGAAGUCGAAUGGUAUGGCAGAGACUAUUUCACCUAAAGAAUUGAAUAGAGAACUUCUGAGGGACACCAUUUUGACAGUUGCCCGAAAAGAAAAUUAUCGACAGAGAGCCAAGGAACUCAGAGACAUAUUUUUGGAUCAACCGCAAUCUGGAGUGGAUAAAGUCGUAUGGUGGUGUGAAUAUGUUAUUCGACACAAAGGAGCAAAACAUUUGAGAAGUCCUGCCGCUGACAUUUCACUCUACCAUUAUUUCAUGAUAGAUGUAAUAGCUGUUUUCAUCCUAUCGUUUUAUUUAACUUUUAAAAUAAUCCAAUUAGUGUUUGCAAUUAUAGUUGGAUUAUUUAGGCGAAAACCCGCUGAAGCAGAAGUCUCAAGAAAAAAGAAGAAGAAAAAUUAAGAUUGUUAAUUUUAUUAUUUGUUUUUAUGUUGAUUCAUCGAGAGAUGAUUGAAUUGUUUCAUUAAUUCAAGAAAGAUGAUGCUCAAUAUUUUCAUGUUGAAAAUUGACAUCAUCGGAAAAAGCAUUCAUAUUGGAAUUCUCAACAUUCUCUUCUUAAAAUGCAUCAGCAGAAAAAUGUGUAUAAAUGUGUGCAGUGAUAGAAUCAACGUAUUUUAUUGAUUUUUACAAUAAAAAGUAUUUCAGGUUA